UCUCAAUCUCCAUCUUCUCUACGCCAUUUCUGAAGUGGGUAAAAAGAUUCAAACUUUUAUUUUAUGAUACAUUCGGAUUCCAAAAUGACCCGUUUACUCAGUCUCACCUUGGAGAUCCGCACGCGAGGAAUCAAUUCAAUGCGAUGAUGCAUUGAUGCAUUGCCCUUGAUUCGAUUCUUGGGUGCUUCACCUUGCAUUGAAUACAUUCAUUUCUGGAGGAGAUUAGCGGUUUUUGUUCAUAUCAUUUUGGUUGUUUGAUCAAGAAUCAAGAUCAGGAACAGUCUCUGAUUUGAUUUGAUUUGAUUUGAUAACCUUGGCGAUUUUUCAAACCCUAGCUAGCUUGUUGGUGCAUGUUUAUUGGAUUCCGGCCCAGAUGCGGGGUGGAUUGGGAGUACCACCCCAGCCCUAAUUUCGCUUGAAGGUUGACGUUAUAUGGCUUCGCCAUUGUUGACCUUAAUUAUCUUUACGUUGAGUUUCUUUGCGAUAGCCGUGCAGUCUCAGAACGAUGUGAAUCCCCCGCCGCAAUCGCCGUUCGUUUCGCCUCCGCCGCCUCCUCCUCCUCCUCCACCACCUUCUCCUCCGCAUGACCAAUCUCUGCGACCGCGACCGCCGCCGCCGCCUCCACCGAGAAAAUACGCUCCGAUUCCUCCUAAGAUGGCCCCGGAGGACGAGUCUGGACGGCAGAACAACGAUCAAAUCCACCAGUCAUCCAAUCGGAAGUUAAAUCCCCCGCCUAAACAAACGAAGCUCAAUUUGGGGAAAAAAAUUGGAUUGAGUUUUGCAGGCAUUGCCGUGUUCUUGCAGGUCGUUGUGAUUGCAUUCUUGGUACUAAACAGAAGGCAGCUGUUAAAGACUGAGUGUGGAUCCUCCAAAUCCUCCAAUGGAAACACAGAGUUUGUCACACUGGACUAGAGCUCUAUUGAUUGACUGUUUGGUAACAAGCAGGACAUUAAUGGAUUCAUAAGCAAUGAUCAGAGUACUGCUGUCCCCGUGCCGGGUCUCAUUUGUUAAAUGGUGGUGAACUUAAGGAACUGGCUUGGAUUUGAUGUGGAGGACCAAAAUGCGUUACACUUCCUUUUUCCAUUUAGAGAUAGGGUCUAGGUAGGCAAUGAGUUCAAUUUUGUUGGUUGGAGACAUGACUUGUAAUCGCCAUUUCUGUAUAUACAUGUGCAUAAUACAACUAGAAAACAUUUACCAGCCUUCUUUCUGAUAUGAACAAUUAUACAUUCUACUGUUUUCAGCCUGUCAUCAUUUUCUUUCCUUGUAA